CCUGUCUCCCCAUUUGAUUUUACUUCCCUCUUCCACUUUCCCCUCUCCUCCGCCCCUUUCUCCCACACGACGGCAAGCCUCCACAGCUGGAAUUCUGCGAAGACGUCUUUCGCCCGCCCGCCGAUGGUGCAGGAGUCGACAAUUUCAUGAAGACGGCGGCAACGUUUCUCAGCUAUUUCGCUGGUUGUACGCGGGUGGGAUUGUGUUCCUAAGCAAAGUGCGUAGUGGUUAUAAACGUGUUAACAGAUAAAUAUCGAACUUUAGCACUGAGUUCUAUCAAAACUUGGGACGGCCGGAUGGCUGCUGCAGGAAUUUUGCGUCUGGCACUCGCAAUAAUAUGGGCAGUCCAAGCCGCUGCCACUGGAAUUCACAACGGUGACCCUGGGGCCCCAAACCACCACCCGCUAGUCCUGCGCAUCGGCAACAACAUCACGCCAGUCGCCGACCAGCAAAGGGCAUCGCUGGCAACCUGCUCCGCCCGGGGCCCCCAGCCUCCCGCUAAAAUAUCAUGGAUUACACCCGGAACGUCGUUCGAAACAUUGGAUGUGACAGAAUCCUCAGGGGACCAGAAAGGAACGGUCACCAGUACCAGUCAGCUGAUCGCCGUGGCAUCCAGGGAGCUGGAUCGGCAGGAAGUGCGAUGUGUGAUCAGCCACCCGAUGCUCGAACACGACAUGGUGCUGAGUUACACCUUACAAGUGCACUGUCCUCCCAAUAAUGUUCAAUUCACAGUCAAAGAGGAUGGAUACGAGUGCUCAGCAAACGGAAAUCCAACACCCACUAAAUACACAUGGACCAGACAGGGCGAGCCUUUGCCCAGUGCUGGGGUGAGAGCGGAGGGCAGCCGGCUGUAUGUGCCCUUCACGCCAGAGUUCAACGGCCUGUACAGUUGUGAAGCCAGCAACCCUUACGGCUCAGCCAGUAGAACACUUACCCUCUAUGCCGUCAAUGAUGGAUUUUGGACAGACUUUCCUCUGUGGGCUCUGAUUGCCGUGGUGACAGCUGUGGUGGUGUCUGUUGCAAUCACUUUGCUCUUACUGUGGCAGAGUGUUACAGUUCAGGGACAACAGAAGACCUUGAAGGAUUUGGCCAGCAAGCUGCUACACAGGAACACCACGUCCAUGUCAAUCUAAGAUGCACUGCCAAAUCUCCCCCUGUGGGGUCCUGUCUCACCUCUGACCUGUGUGUGUGCGUGUGUGCGUGUGUGUGUGUG